UUUUCUAAAGUUACGUAUAGGUGAUUAGGGCUAAGUUUUGAGUUUAGUUUAAUGUAACGCCGAAUUUUAAUUUCUAGUGAAAUAUAGAGCAAUAAUAUAAUUUGUUUUCUUGCCAAAAAGUAUACUAAAAUCAGGAUAUAGGUAUGGACACGCAAACAACAAACUUGCGCCCUGGAGAUCCGAAACUUAUUGCAGAUAUUGUUAAUCACUUGAAGUCUCAAGGGAUGUUUGAUCAGUUUCGUCGGGAUUGUUUAGCUGACGUUGAUACAAAAUCAUCGUAUCAAAAUUUACGUCAGAGAGUUGAAGGCUAUGUUUCCAAGUUUCUAUCUACCCAAACCUGGCGUCCUGAUUUACAGAAGAAUCAAUUACGAGACAGCUUGAGAAGACACAUUAAUGAAUCAGGAAUGCUGGCCUUGGGAGUAGAAAGAGUUGUGGAACAAGUGGUAAAUCCCAAGAUUAAUCAUGUUUUCCUACCUCAAAUCAACACUGCUGUGAGAAGAUACCUUGGCCUAGAAAAAUCUCCUCAGGAGUAUUAUGUGAAGGAGAGAAAACCUGACCCACGAACACUUUAUAAAGAGCAAAUGGUUGCAAGUCAUUCAUGGUCGGCUCCAUCUCAAACAGUUGCAUCGCAACUGGGAAUUAUAAAAAAAGAAGAAAAGGAAGGAAGCUGCAGUCAAACUCCUAAAGAAUUUAAACAUAUUAAAGAAGAACCUGAACUACAAGCAAGUGACAAGAACUUAAAAGAUACAGAAAAAUUUAUGGACAUAUCAAAUUGUUAUCAAGAUGACAUUGAAUCAUUCAGAGCUCAAGAACCAGUAACUUUCUCUGUGACUGCUGAAUUUCACACUGUUAAACAGAAUGUUAAACCUCCAGAAAAUGACUUGUCAAGCAAAAAAUUAAGUGAAACAGAGGAUUCCAGUCAAGAAAGUACUAGAGAGAAAAAAUUUGGAGAGAGAGAUAUAUAUUUUCCAAAUUAUCCUUCUGACACAAGUGAAAAUCUGCUUUCUAGACAAACUUAUUUUUCAGAGGAAUUUCAGAGCAAUGAAGACAGCUUGAAUGAGAAAGAAACUUUUUCAUCAAAGUCAGAUGCUCAAAGUCAGAAAGAACUGGGGAAAGAAUCAGAUGUUGAGAAAAAAUCUGAGAAAGAUGACAAAAUUGUUAGUAAGUCAUCACAGCAUGAAAUGCCUCAAAAAGAUGAACUAGCCAAUAAACAAAAAAAAGAGAAUUUCAAAUCAAAGCUUUCAGGAAAACCUCAUGUAUCAGAUGAAAAUAAAAAUGUGUCCACAUCCAAUACUGAAAGGUCAAAAAGUUCAGUUAAAAUCAAGUCAUUAUCAAAAAAGUGGGAAGAAGCUAAUAAAUCAGUAACUGCUAAAAGAAAUUCAAAGUCUACAGAAUUCCAAAAAAAAUCCAAGAUGGCAGAAAAAAAUACUGUGUCCAUGAGAGCUAGAUUAAGUAAUCAGAAAUUUAGUUCUAUUAGUGGUACUAACCUUGAAAAAACUAGAAAAGACAAACCCGAUUCAGAAAAGUCAAAGAGUACAAUUCAUAAAAAAUCCUUGACCAAAAUAAAAAAAAACAAGAUUCUGCUGAAAAUAAAAUUAACAAUUACCAUAGUAAAUCACAAAAGGUGCCAGGUUCAGGGAAACAGAAGUUAUCAACAUUUUCUGGUAAUAAAUGUAAAGACAGUGCAAGAUCUUCAAAACAAUCUACAAAAGCUUGUACUUUUCAAAGGAUUGCUUCUAAAGGAAGUACAGUCAGAUCAUCAUCUUCAGAAAGUUCUGGUAAGAAACAAUUGAAACCUGCAGUGAAUGAUGAUACACCCAAAAU